UGCGUCAAUUUGGGUUUCAACCACGUACUCAGUCUCAGAGAGGAGCUACUCAGAAGAGUCAAAACAGGAAGGGGGUUGCAAAUCAGUGUGCAAAGGGGAGGACCGAAGAUUCCCCUCCCCCCUCUCCUCCAGUCCCGUCGUAGCCUCCUCCUCCACUGUCCCCACUGCUCGUGUCUCUGGGUUUUGGGUGGUUUUUGUUGUUGUUUCCUUUUUUCCUCUCUUUGAAAUUUUUUUUUUUAACUGCGCUGGUAAAGACGGUUACCUGGCGCCGUGAGAGCGGAGAACCAGGGGACAGCAGGGCAGUGAGCUCGGUGCCCCGGGCGGGUCGCUUGGAAUCCGGGGAGGCGGCUCCCGCAUCCCGGACAGCGGCUCCAGCACCGCGGACAGCGGCUCCAGCACCGCGGACAGCGGCUCCAGCACCGCGGACGUCGCUCUCCACCAACAUGGCUCCGAUAGCGGACAGCCGCCAGCAGUUCGAUGAAAUUCCUACAGUGGUUGGGAUCUUUAGUGCCUUUGGGCUUGUCUUCUCUGUCUCCCUCUUUGCUUGGAUCUGCUGCCAACGCAAAUCUUCCAAGUCCAAUAAGACCCCUCCAUACAAGUUUGUCCAUGUUUUGAAGGGGGUUGAUAUUUACCCUGAGAAUCUCAACAGCAAGAAGAAGUUUGGAGCAGAUGAUAAAAGUGAAGCAAAAAACAAAUCAGCAACGCCAAAGAAUUCUCUCCAUCUUGACCUGGAGAAGAGAGAUCUAAAUGGCAAUUUCCCCAAAACAACCACAAAAAUGCAGGGCUCUACAGAUCUUGAAAAUUCAUCUCCUAAGCACUUUGCAGAAAGGAAGAAAGAUUCGGUAUCCCCUGAUAGCCUAAAAUCCAUCACUUCUCUGUCAUCUGAAGAUAAACAAGACAAGCUAGGAACUCUCUUUUUCUCCUUAGAGUACAACUUUGAGAAAAAAGCAUUUGUAGUGAACAUCAAAGAAGCUCGUGGGCUGCCAGCAAUGGAUGAACAGUCAAUGACUUCUGAUCCCUACAUCAAAAUGACAAUCCUGCCUGAGAAAAAGCACAAGGUGAAAACUAGAGUGCUGAGAAAAACCUUGGAUCCAGCUUUCGAUGAGACUUUCACAUUUUAUGGGAUCCCCUACAGCCAAAUUCAGGACUUAACACUUCACUUCAUGGUCUUGAGCUUCGACAGAUUUUCCAGAGAUGAUGUCAUUGGAGAAGUCCUCAUCCCCCUCGCUGGAACUGAACUCUCAGAAGGAAGGCUGCUAAUGGACAGAGAGAUCAUCAAAAGAAAUAAAUCAUCUGGUCGUGGAGAAUUACUGGUCUCUCUCUGUUAUCAAUCUACAACAAACACACUCACUGUCGUUGUUCUAAAAGCCAGGCAUCUACCUAAAUCUGAUGUGUCAGGAUUAUCAGACCCUUAUGUCAAAGUGAACCUGUACCAUGCCAAGAAGAGAAUUUCUAAAAAGAAAACUCAUGUGAAGAAGUGCACCCCCAAUGCAGUGUUCAAUGAAUUGUUUGUCUUUGACAUUCCUUGUGAAGGCCUUGAUGAUAUCAGCAUUGAAUUUCUGGUUUUAGAUUCAGAUAGGGGGUCAAGGAACGAGGUCAUUGGCCGACUAACCUUGGGAUCUUCAGCAGAAGGAACAGGUGGAGAGCACUGGAAAGAAAUUUGUGAAUAUCCUAGGAGACAAAUUGCCAAAUGGCAUAUGUUAUGUGAUGGUUAGCAGGUUAGAGAGGGGAUGGAUCUUAAAAAACUAUAUAUAUUUCCAUAGGCAAGGAGCAUUUUUUUUUCUUUGUUAUGUAUAAUUACAAGCUUUUAACAACAAUUUUUUUUUUUUCAGAGGGGGCGGGGGUUUGAAAGAAACUUUAACUGAAUUAUUAGAACAGAAGGUAACUUAAUUUUCACAGUAAAUAAUGGAAUUUCUAUUUCAUUAAACUUUAACAUGAUCAGUUUAGAUUAAUAUUCUUCUAGAGUUUAAGGCGGUGUGUAAAUUCUGAAGCACUGUAAACUUCAAGAAGAACAAACUAUGUUUUGAAAAAGUAACUUAUUAGUGACUCAUAUUUGAAUAUAAUCUUACUACAAUAUAUCCAGAAAAAAAAAACCACCUGUGGCUUAUUAAGGAAGGGGAUGGAUCUAUAAAAGCCAUGGGGACUGAGAGUGAGUGGUGGGGGGAAAUUUCUUCUGCCCCUCCACCAAAAACCUUCUUUUAUGAAAAUUUAAUUAUUAUUUGUAAGUUUUGGUUACUUAUACUUUGAUCAUCCCAAAGAAUUAGCAUGUUUUCUGUAUUUUGCUUUACAUAUCACAUUAUGUAAAACUAUUUUUUUUACAUGUUGAAAUAUUGUAUAAUUAAUUACACUUGGACUUUUUUAGUGAGUUUAUAUAUAUAAUUUAUUUUAUUACAGUGACCAAAAUAGAUACAUACUUCAAACUAAUGAUAAGUUAGCAUACAUAUUUUUUGUUAAAAGGGCUCCUUUACGGGUGACUGUACACAUUACAGUAUAGCUAAAAUUUGGAGUUAGAUAUGGAAUAAUUUUUUUUGAGAUGAGGUAACAUACAGGAUAUUACAAUCAAUUACUUUUCACCAAUUAUAUUUUAAUGUUUCACUAAUACAAAAAAAAAAAAAAAAAAAAGGUGUUUUUUUUUUUUUUUAUUUCAAUAAAGAAUAAACAAAUAGUGAGACAAAGAAGAAAACCUUAUUCUGCUGUUUAACUUUCUGUGUUUAAUCUCCUGGACUGUAACAAAAGCCAUUACAGUCAGUUCCAACAUACAAACUCCAGUGCAUUUUUCAAAUUUUGCAGGAGAGGAAAUCAAAUUCACUUUAUAAUUUCUUCAAUAUUCUAUAGCCAAAGUACUUGGAAAGUGCUUUGAUUAUAUGAAUUAAUGUACAUUACUGACUGUAUUGGAAAUGGUGGUGGUAAGGAAAAAGAACAACCUGAUUUCAUGUCAGUGUGACACAUCUAUUUAAAAUUAAAUUGUGUCAGGCUGAGGAAAUAUCAAGUGUAACAAUAACAAGUGUACAAAUAAAGUAUUUAGACCUGUGAAGUUUAGUCUUGGUCACACCAGAUAGGUUUUUAGGCUCUCAGAACUAUAGCACAACUAUAAGCAGAUUAUUUCCUAAAGUUUGUGCACUAACUUCUGAUACAGAAUUAUUUGCAAGUAUUAGUCCUACUUCAUUUUCAAAUACAAUAUAUAUAAAGAAGAUAGUGAUGUUUGUUGUUGACAUAAGAAGGGUUAAAAAAGUGGAAAACCAUUUUUAGUAUUUUUGCAUAUGUUAUUUGUCACGUGUGAUCCCAUUGGAGUGAACAAGACUACUUGGGAAUUAAGGCACAGCUCAUUGUGAGUAAAGGUAGCAAAAUGGGCAUGCCAGGUUAGAACAAACCAAACAUACAUUGAAUGUCAAUCUACUUUCAUUAAACAGACCGAGGUCCUACUUAAAACUGUUGGGGAUUUGUUGUCUACUUUACCUGUUCUCAUAUGGCCAAAUUAUGUUUGCAGGAAAGGACACUGAAAUAUGAAAUAUGCAAGUAGACAAAUAGUACUGGAAGAAUUCCAUUGAGGCUCUUCCAGGUUUUGUGUCAGUAUUUUCUCCAGUUUUUGAGAAUGUGUUUGAUACAACAGUGUUUAUAGAUUUCUGUAAAAAUACAUUUUCAAAAUAACAUAAACAUGCUUUUUAUGAUAAUGCUAAAUGUAAAAAUAUUGCGUAUUGUAUGUAUAAAGGAGAGGAAUCUUUUUUUUUAUUAUUUCUUUAGAAAGCUGAUUAACUGCUUAAGGGCUAGAGUUUACCAGCCACAUUCAAGCAGAGCUAAUCCUAAACCACCAAAUGAAAGAUGCCCACAGGCUUUAGUGGGGUUUGAAGUGCAAUCAGGGAGCAAAAUUCUCCUUAGUCAAACCAGAAAUGUCACUGGGACAAUGGAUAUGGAAACAUUGUUUCAUCCAGUGGAGACUGGGAGAGUUUAGGUCAGUAUGACACAAUCAGAUCUGUUACAAUUUCUAAAGAUUAAAGAACUGAGCUGGAAAUCUGGAAAUGAUUGUAUCAAAGAUGCAAUCAUGGGGCAUCUUGCAAAUAAAAGAGAUGGAGAUUUCUGUACGCUGGCCCAUAAGUAGUUCCUUAUCUUUAAAAAUCAGAUGACAAGCAUCAUUUGUCUCCAAUGAACACAAACCACGACAUUAGGGGAUAACAAUUUAUCUUUUUUAAUUAAUGCUGGGCUGUGACGAUCAUCUUUCAUUUUGCAUCCAACAAGUCAUCACCAAUUUUUUUAAAUUUUUUUUUUUAGUUUUUAUAGCAGCUUAAGGGUCAAUAUUUCUGCCAGGUAAAUGGCAAUUUUUGUUUGGGGUAGGGGAGUUGGAAUAGGAAAGGGAAGCCAAGACAUUUUUAUUAAGUCUAAAAAAACCCUGUAAAUAGAUUUUUUUUCAUUUAAAGCAAUUCUCAGUUUGAAAAGUGAGUAAAGACGACUUGUAACGCAUUUUAAACCAGAAAGGGGCAGGAGAGCGAAUGUAGGCCUGUACUAAGGUGAGAAAUUCUGCUGUUUUAUAAAGUAUUCAAUUCUCAUUGUGAAUAUCUUGAACUCUGUUAAGGAUACUGUACUGUAUUAAACAUGUAAAAAAAAUGAUGUUUGUCUAAGUAGCUUACAAAAAUAAUAACUCCUUGAAUGAGAGACUAUCCAUGUCUGGAGAUCUGUCGUAAUUAAAUACCUGAUUUGUUUCUGCUGUUGUAACUUAAUAGAAGCUAUUCAAGAGGAAGCAUGGUGUAUGAGACUUUGUAAGUUAUUUGUGCUGGUUCUGUAUGUUGUGCCAUGUGUGUAAGACAAGAAUAAACUGCUGCUUUUGUUCAUUACAUCCCA